AUGGCCUGGGCUCCCGAGUCUGAGCUGCUACAGAGCCUGGAGGACGCCUUGAACGCAGGAGUUUCCGAAGGGGUGCGAAACGCCUGUGCUUCGUGGGCUGCCCACCAGGAGGCUGUUGAAAUCCCCCGAAGCCCCGAGAUGACGAAGCAGCUCAUGAGCGCCGCGGGCCUUCGAAGGCUCAUGGCCUUCGCAGUCGACGCAGCAAAGUCCAAGGACGUUGGGGACUCUUACGUUCUCUCAGCGACGAUCUUACACCUGUCUGGGCGCGUCUGGGCCAAGGAGGCCCUGACGAUCAUCCUCCAGGGCCUCCAGCCGAUUCUGACGGCUCUGAUCAACAACUUCCUGGCCGAGGCCGAAGCGGAGUCUGUGGAUGUCGUCGACGGGAUUCAGCAGGGUGUGGCGGUGCAGAACUACUGCGGUGCUGCGAUGCAGCUCCUCGACUGCCGCCCGUGCCCCUCAGUGGCCUCUGCAGUGCUCGUGGCCGACUGCUUCAUGCCGGGGCGUACACCGGACCUGUUCCCGCUACUGCUGUCGGCGGUUGCCGCCGCCGGACGGGAGCCAAAGCCGGGCAAAAGCAGCGAAUCAGAAGCCGCGAAGGAGAAGUGCCACGCCCUGCUCCGCUAUGCGCGGCUCCAGGCAAGCCGCGCCGCCGCCGAGCUCCUGGCCUGCGCUCUACAAGAUGCCACGGACAUGUGCAAGGAGUGUGGUGAAAGAGACAUCUUCACCAGUAGCGUCCGGAUGCAGUUUGCUGAGGUUCUCCUGUUCGGACCCGAGGAUCCGAAGCUCCAGGAGCCGCUUCUGGAGCUGCUCUGGCGUUCUUUCCGGCGGGUGCGGCCACUGGAAGAGGGCCGUGGGGCCAAGCCCGUGCCGGACAUUGUGCAGCGGCUCAUUCAGGUGGCUGGCAAGCAGGCCUGCAAGAACCUCCAGGCCACGGCCCCAAAGGACUUCGCGGAGAAUCGGCAGUGUCUGCUCAAAGAGUUUUCAAUGUCCGUGGACCCCAGCCGAUUGGGUCCGGCAAGCUGUGCGGUGCAGUGGGGAAAUCUGCACGCGAGCGCCGCGCAAGUGACCUUCACCCGGAUGAGCAUGACCAUCGAGGUGCGUGCGGGACAAAGCUUCGAGCUUCCCUGGGGCUGCCUAGAGCUUCCGGAAGUUCUACUGCCAGGGCAGUCGCAACCGUCCCAGCCCUCUUGGCCUAUCACCUUCAGCGUGGACAUGACGGCGGCCUGUAUCCUCUGCGCCAUGCCCGGCGGAAUGAGCCGGGAAGUCGGAAGCUUGGAGGAACCGUUGAAGAUCACACCUUCGUUGGCUUCGUUUGCGCAGGCGCCCUCAAAGGACUUCCUGGGGAGUCUUCAGAGGCUCCUCCACACGCCGCCGAGUUUCCGGCAGCCGCAAGAGACCAAGGAGCGAAAAGCAUCGAAGGCCAAUCGAGAUGCGAGCAAGGAGAAGAGUCAAGAGGCGAGCUAUACAAGGCGGGUCACCCGAAGCAUGAGCGUGGCGGCCUCCAGCUUAGCCUCUGUGGCCAAGAAGGCCAUGGAGGCAACGAUCCCGGCCCGGCGCAGCCGCAGUGCUCCUGGCUGCCCGAAGCCUCCGACGACUCCAGUUGCCAAUGUUGCAAGCCCGGCGAGGGGCGCAUCCCUUCGAAAGUCCGCCGUGCAGCCGCAGACCAGCCCAUCCUCAUCACAAGACGCCUCAAAGCAAGCGAAGGAAGCUGCUCGUAAUGCACGAAGCCGAAGUCCAGUGCCAGCGCAGCAAGCAGGGAAGUCCAAGCUCCCGGCCCAAGCAGGUGCCACCUCACCAGCUUCUUCCCAUGAGUCUCUCAAGACCGCCGAUGCCGGUGAGAAAAAUCCGAAGCAGAAGCCGCAGAAACCCAAGCCGCAGCAGAAGAAAGACUCCAGGGCCACUCCCAAAUCCAGCACCCCGCCCCCACCUCGGCGACGCAGUCCUUCGCCUGCAAUGCGAAACCAAGGCCAGUCAGCACCAGAUGAGGCAAAGGACACUGCAGGAGCUGAAGCUGCUCCCUAUACUCCCCCUAUGAUGGACCCGAUGCCGUCACAGCAAGAUGCCACCAAGAAUCCAAAGCCUCCUGCAAGCACACGUGCGCGGUCGCCAGGGCAUAGCCUUGAGAGCAAGCAGGGGAAAGGUGGCCAGAAGAAACAGAAGCAGACCAGCCCGAAAUCCAAUGCCAAAGUGAGGAUGCCCAGCACUUCCCUGCCCCCACCUCGACGACGCAGCCCGUCGCCUUCAACUCAAGCUCAGAAGGCAUCAAGCGCGGCCGACACAAUGCAGCAAGCCGCCACUCCACCAGCGCCAAGCAAGGGAGGCAAGGAUGCACAAGACAGUCAGCAGAAGGCAGGUGCCAGCACCGCAGCAACGUGCAGCACGAAGUUGAGGACACCCAGCUCCUCACUUCCCCCUCGCCGACGCAGCCCGUCGCCUUCAACGUCUAAGCAGGGCCGCCCUGAGCCAUCCGACACAGCGCCACCUGAAGAGCAGCAAAGGUCGGAGGUCACGGGAGACGUGACAGCGCCCACGAAGUUCAGCUGCCUGGCGGAAGCUGCCAGUGCUGCACUUGCAAGAAGGAGCCCCUCCCCUGCAAUGCAGCGUUUGGCAGAGAAGGUCGCUGUGAAUUCAGAAAGCACUCUUCGCGCACGCAGCCGAUCUCCACUGCCAAAGUGGCAGGGCGCUGCUGAGGAGAAUUCAAAAGCCCCCGAACCUGGCACGUCACGGCCCGGACGGCUGUUCCGUCUCCUGUCCGCGGCGCCUACGCUGUCACAGCUUGGCAGCGAAGAGCAUCGUGACCAGCCAAGACCAGAGCAAAAGCCAGCUGCCAAGAGAGCUUCUGGCGACACUCCGAUUCCAGCCGCCCGGCGCAGCGCAUCACCCAUGCCGGCACAGGCAAUGCCAUCACCCGCGGCGCCUAAGGAGAAAGAUGCAAGAGCCAAGAGCCGCAUGCGAAGCCCAUUGCCUGCCUCUGCACAGAAUUCGCAGGGCGACAACUCCGCAAAGAUAGCCCACAAAGGAAUUGCUGCUCUACUGCAGGCCACGCAGGCACUGCCAAAGGCGGCGAGUGAGAAAGCCACGGAGCACCGUUGGGCUCAGCCUCCCAAAAGGGAGUUGCUGUCGCCUGGACGAAGUCCCACUCCGAGACGCUCCGUGUCAUUAAGCCCACGGAGGUUUCAUCUUUCAGAUGCAAGCCAUGUCGCAAGUGAGGCGGCCGACCUCGGAAUCAUGCACCCCGAGUCGCUCAGGAAGCUCUGCAUCGAGCGAGGGCUCUCCUCCAUGGGGCUCCGGCAGCAGCUGAUUUCCCGACUGCUGAUUCAGAGCAUGUCCAAGAAGUUCGAAGACAGAGAGUCGAUUCGGUCUGGGACCACGAGCCCGACCUUUGCCCCCUUCAACGCUCUCCACAAGAGUGAGCUCCAGGCCGCCUGUAGCCGCCAGGGCCUUCCCAGUUCGGGCAGUUGCAACGACUUGUUGUACCGGCUUCGAGAGCAGCGGCAGGAGAGGGAGCAGACGUCUGAGAACAGCUCGCGGCCAGCGCGUGGGCUCUCUGUGCCGCCGACUACGCAGGCCAGGCCCGUGCCCCUCUCGCCAGCGCCUGCCAGAUCUUUUUCCACGCCGCGCCAUCGAAUCCGAAGCAAAAGCCCGGCCCCGGCCGCCUGGACAACACCUGCACGGCGCAUUCGUGGCAAAAGCCUGGAUCCAGCCAGGUCCCUGCCCAGGCGCACUGAUGCAUCCAAGCCAGUCCCUUCGGAGUCCCUUGCCAGGCCCAGCCCAAAGCCACCGCGUUCACGAAGCUGCCUUGCAGCCCGAGGGGGCGCGAUGGUCCAUUCCCUCCUCACCCUCCGUCCAGAGCAGCUUGCAAGCGAAUGCAAGAAGAUGUGCUUGAGCCCUCAGGGGUCGCCUCAUGCCAUGGCAUGCCGCCUGGCAGCGGCACGCCUCCAAACAGCCUCUCCAGGCUCGAGCGCCACUGAGCUGGUGUCGCAACACUCUCCGGGGUCGGGUCAGCUUCCAAAGCCCAUCCUGCGUCGUGGACGCUCUGCCUCGGUGACACGGCAGACUCCCAGCAAGCCCAAAGCCAUGAAGGCCCAGGCCCAGACCCCUUCGCGUGCAACGCCGAAGCGCCGAACGCGCUCCCAAACCCGAUCUCCCCCGCGCUCCCGCUCCCACGCAAGGUCCCUGCUUUGCGCCUUGCCCGGAGCCAAGCGCAGCGACUCCCCGCCCUCCACGCCGCCCCGACGCAGCGCACCAAGGUCCCCAGUGCCCUCCACUGGCUCGAAGCUGCCCCGGGAGAUGAGGAGUCCCAGCCGAACGAAGAGUGUUGGAAAGGCGGGGAAGGCGCUUUCUACACGCAGCCGGACCCCAGUGAGGACCACCCCAGCGCGAACGCCCCACCGCUUCGGCGGCGGUUGCCAUGCGAACACUAAGGCAGGCCUCCCCUGCCAACGAUCGGGUAAGAUCCGUCCGGCCCAGGCACUCUUUUACUAUUGCCACAUGCAUGCCCCCCAGUGGAAAAUCCACGAGCGCUGA